CUGACGCUAACGUCUGGCCGGGGAGGAGCCAGGUAGCUGCACACUGACACGUAAGAAUCCUGCGUAAAAUUUAAGGAAGAAGUUACAUCUUUUCCUUAAGUUGAAUGUCGAUACGGCUGCUUCGAGUCCGACUCGAUGUCUAGUUGACCUGUCCCGGACCAGAGGCCUGUUCGGACGCUGUUGAAGCGACGCGGGGCUGUCAGUCAGAGGAGCCCGACGCACAAGAUGAGAUUUUCAGCGUUUAUUUCUGUCCUGCGGUCGGUCGGCCCGGUGGUAAUCGGUAUUUCUUUAGGGUUCACGUUGAGCUUGUUGAGUGUGAACUGGACGGAGGAAGCGUGUUACCUAGACGGUAAGGAGGGUGAGGAGGUGACUGUGGGUCAGGAUGAGCAGCUCAAAGGAGCCCGGAAGCCCAACUCUAUCUCCACCAUCAACGAUGUGGAGUCCGAGGAGGAUUUUGAACCAAGAAUAGUCCCAUAUAAACAAGUCCAGCAGAGUGCCCCAAAGAAAGUUUUCAGGGCUAAAUACAUCAGCACAGAGUUGGGGAUGCGAGAGCGUCUUUUCGUCGGGGUCUUGACAUCCAAAAACACCAUAAACACUCUGGGUGUAGCUGUCAAUCGCACCAUCAGCCAUCACCUGGACACCGUGAUCUUCUUCACCGGCAUGCGCAACCGCAAAGUCCCUCACGGCAUGUUUGUCGUCUCUCAUGGAGACGAGAGGCAGAUAUGGAACAUGUUUCAGAACAUCAAAUACAUCUUAGACCAUUACAUCAAUGAGUACGACUGGUUUUACUUUGUCCAAGACGACGCCUACACCGAAGCUGACAGAAUCAAAGUCCUGGUGGAACACCUGAGUAUGGAUCGAGAGCUUUACAUAGGCAGUCCGGAGGAGUUCAUUGGUGGAGAAAUGGAAGGGAAGUACUGCUACGGAGGGUUCGGGUACAUCCUGUCACGUACCUUGCUCCUCAGACUCCAGCCCUUCCUGGAAAACUGUAGGAAUGAUAUCCUGAGCGCCAGGCCCGAUGAGUGGCUCGGAAGAUGCAUCAUUGACUACACGAACACAAACUGCGUCAGUGAAUAUGAGGGGCUUCACUACCACCAUUAUGAGUUGGGAAAAAACUCUGAUCCAAGUAAAGAACAAAGUGAACAGUUCAAGAAUGCUCUGACUGUCCAUCCAGUGUCUGACCCUGAGCAGAUGUACAGGCUGCACAGAUACUUCACUGAGAUUGAACUCCAGAAGACUUACGAUGAGAUUGCUAAGCUGCAGGCUGAAAUAAAGAACGUCAGUGUUGUCGCUUUUGAGGGGAACCGAAGCGCCCAGUGGCCUGUGGGGAUCAAUCCACCUUUUGAACCGAAAUCUCGGUUUGAAGUUCUGAAGUGGGAAUACUUUACAGAGGAGGAGAUUUAUUCAUGUAUCGAUGGCUCUCCAAAGUGUGAGCUGCAGGGUAUUGACCGCAUGGAUGUGGCUGAUGUCAUUGACAUAGCCAUGAUAGAGCUGAACAAGAAGUACAAGCCUGUCCUACACCUGAAGAAGCAGCAGCUGAUUAACGGGUACAGGCGCUUCGACCCUGUCAGGGGCAUGGAGUACACCUUGGACCUUCAGCUGGAGGUGGUUAACCAAAAAGGUCACAGCCGAUCCAUCACCAAGCGAGUUCAUCUGGUGCGACCUUUGAGUCGGAUUGAGAUCAUCCCCAUGCCCUAUGUCACUGAAGCUACAAGGGUUCACAUCAUAAUACCGCUUACUCUGCAGGACCGGAGCUAUGUUGACCAUUUCCUGGAAGUCUUUGCCUCAAAUGCUUUUGAGACCAGUGAAAAUGCUAUCCUAACAUUCUUGUUUAUUUAUGACCCAGUGGAGGCACAGCAGGUUAACCAGAAUGAUAUAUUUGCCAGCGUGAAGACUCAGAUAAACACAUAUGAACACAAAUACUCUACAGUAAAAAUCCCCUGGAUAAGUGUCAAGACAGAAACACCAUCCCAGAUCAAAUUUAUGGACAUCAUCUCAAAGAAACACCCAGUUGACUCACUGUUCUUCUUGGCUAACGUCCACACAAAUGUUAACUCGGAAUUUCUGAACCGCUGCCGCAUGAAUUCCAUAAACAACUGGCAGGUGUUCUUCCCCAUCCAUUUCCAGGACUUCAACCCUGAUGUGGCCUACCACAACCAGCAGCAACCAGCCACAGUCGAUCUGAUCAGGGACGCAGGCCAUUUUGACCGCAGGUCAUUUGAAGAAGCGUGUUUUUACAACUCGGACUACAUGGCCACACGCACGCGGAUGGUGGCAGAUGUCCAAGAGAAUGAGGAGAUUCUAGAGACUCUGGACAUCUUUGACAUGUUCUUAAAGUAUUCAGAUCUGCAUGUAUUUAGGGCAGUGGAGCCAGCGUUGCACCAGCAGUACAGCUACCAAGCAUGCAACCCGCGGGUAAGUGAAGACAUCUAUCAUAGAUGUGUUCAGAGCAACUUGGAAGGUCUCGGUUCUCGCGCCCAGCUUGCCAUGCUGCUUUUUGAGCAAGAACAAGGAAACAGCACUUGAGAGCAUCUGUGUACUUCGGCUCCCGCAUGUAUGGAUGUUAAAAGUUGUGCGUCUGUUGAAAUAGCUGCUCAAUGCAAGCUAAAAUCUGGGACAACCCAUAUCUUGGGGCUGAGGUUACGUAUGUGACCUUGCCUUACAUUCUCCAUCCUUCAGUGUGCAUCAAGGACUAUUUGGCUUGUCAGAGAUUUUAGCUAGUUUGGAAAAAUGAAUGCAGUACAUUCCUUAUCAAACCUUCCCUUAAAUGUUUACAGUACUUGUCCAUACAGAUGAGUUGCUAGAACCAAAUGUUUUUGCUACCCUGACGAUUUCUAAAGAAAAGUUUUUGACCACUAGGUGGCAGAAAUUCACAGCAGCAGAGCAUUGACGUAGUGCUGGCUUAUCCAGUUGCAAUGUUAAAGGUGGUUGCUACAGAUCUAACCGGUACAGGGCUAUAUAGGUAACCUGUUGGAGUUGUCUUUUUCUCAAUGUGUCCAGUGUAUUUUCAACAUUCAAUGGGAUUUUAUCCUGUUUGGUCGAUAAAUUCCUGGAAGACAAAUCUUCAUUUGACCAUUUUGAGUUGUGGAGGUAUCACGCGUGAGAUCAAUCUGUGAUAAUGUGCUGGGUGCAGCUGCUUAUAGUUUUGUUAAAGAGGACUGAAUCAGUUUAACCAAAGCAAUGAGCUGAAAGUGGCGAAAAAGCUGCGGUGCUUUGUUGCUUUUCAGCGGGAUCAGAAGUACUAGCAGCGGCGGAUUCACAUUUUUAGAAUGUCAUAAUGUUAAUAUCAAAGAUAUUGUUAAGUGGAGCUGAUAUAUAGCUCUAUUAGGUAUAUAUUAGUAUAAUGCACCACAGGUUGUGUGCUUGUUCAUUGUAACAUUGAGCUUUUGAUAUUUACUGAUUUGAGUAUUUACAAAAGCGCGUCUUCGUAUAUGUGCCUUCACACUGACUUUUCAUAUGUUGACUGUUUUGAACUUAAGUUACACCGUUUUGCAAUUCACUCCUUCAGGUGACUCACAGCUGGCGUUUUUCUUUAGAACAUGAACAACAGUUCUGAAUGGGUGGGGGACAUUAUCUGUCACUUUGGAUGAGGCCUGUUACGUAGCUGGGAAAACUGAAAGGGUAGUCGGUUCACCUUAAAUCUUUUAAAGGUGACUUGGAACUAUAAUGAUCACAACCGUCCACAGGUUGUAUACGUGCCUCAAAGCAGGCAAGGAGUUGGCAAAAAGUAUAUUCUGUGGUCUUCAGAGGUCAUAGAUAAAGACAAGUGUAGGCCAGCAGCUUGUAUUUGAGUUUAAGUUUUCUCCAUGAAACCUUUUGAUGUUGCAAGAAAAUUUUACAUGCAGGAGGCAAAGGAGAAUCAUGAAUAAUAAGGGGAGAAAUCACCUUGGUAAAUGUCUUAAGUGAUUGCAGGUGAGUCCUCAUUGAAGUGGUACUUUAAAACAGGAUUUAAUUAGUUUAGAAAUGAUUGAAAUCAAGAAUGUAUGAAACUUUUUUCCCCCAUGUCAUCAAGUUCAGCAGUUUUUAUACUAUAUAAUAAGAUGUUUAAAUGUUCCAAAGUAUUUUGGACUGUAUUGUUUAAGAUUUUGUAAGUUAUUGAAUGGUGUCGUUGUCCUCCAUUUCCUGAGCUCAGUUUUAGAAAUGGGUGCGUCCUCCCAGUCACAGUGCAGUCCAAUGGGAGGCCUUUUCUACAUUAUUGAGUGAUUGUGGAGGUAGCGGUACUGGACACCAGACAGUUGUAAGUGUAUUAUAAUGUGCAAUAUUACAGAUAACACAACUUGCUAGGUGUCUGAUGGAGGGACUUUAACUUUUAAAGACAUUUGCUGCAAGUUCAGCAGUGUGUGUUUAUCACAGUACGGUUUAUGACAUCACACAAAGACUCAUGCUUUCUGUUCAUUAAGUAAAUACACUGUAAUUUCUUUUGACAAGACCUUAAUGUAUAUUGCUGACACUAGACACUUUUCAUCAUCAAAUUUACUUUGAAAUAUAUCAAAUUAACCAAGGCAAGUCCUUUUAUUUAACUCUAAUUGGGUUCAAAGUAUUUUGUUGGAAACACUACAUCCAGUGUUUGCUGUAUUAUCUGCCAUGUGAAAGACCACGGAGGUCAUUUUAUAACGCAUCUCUUUCUUGAUGAGAGCAGAAGAGUACGACGCUAAUAAUGUGCGGAAAUGGAAACUGAAUCUUCAAAAAAACCACUGUGAAAGAUGGAGGGCUUAUAUUACAACAUGAUGUGUGAAGAUCUGCGUCAUCGCUGCCUUCCAUAGACACGAGAAGCUUAAAAUUAAGCGUGUGUGGCAGAUUAAUCACCCCGUGUUGUUAACACAGCCGCCGUCGCUGAGCGAAGUCUCUAAGUAUUUUGUCCAUAACUUAUUUAUCUGUAAUUUCUCUAUGAAUUAUGCAGAUUCUGAAUACUUCCGCACUAGCAGAGACUUUCAUGACAUUCUCUGUACAUGUAUAAAUAUUUUAUAGACUCUAUUUUUACGCCUUUUUGUAGCUUUAUGUACACAGCAAUUGAUACUUUAUUAUUUUUGGUGACACAUUAAACAUAUAUCUUACUUUGUAUUUUGUGCUUUGAAAAUCAUGUAAAUUGACCAUGAAGACAGUUUAAUUUGUGUGUUUCACCUUCAAUCAAGUAAUAUGUUUUAAAAAACAGUCUCAUUUUUUAAAAUUUCCAUCGAUGUUUGGACCUAUUGGUUUACAUUAUUUUAUGCAUAUGGGUACUAGUAUAACCAAAGCGAUACAUUUUAAUUAAUGCUCAUCACAUUUAAUUGUGUGCUGUAAUUCCCAAUGAACUGUGAAUUAAUGUAAUUUUUAAAUAAAGAAUAUUUGAAUAUA